ACCACCGGCGUUGUCUCCUCCCGGCAGAGCCUGGAUGUACCGCUGCCGCUCUGGGAGUUAAAUUUCAUGCAACCAUCUCGAUGGUGUAACGCGCUCUGAACACUACCGCAGCAUGACGUCUGACGUCUAUCACCUGCCGCUCAAUGUCUACGUCAUUGUGCUGGGCAUCGGCCUCUUCGUCUUCAUGCUCAGCCUCAUCUUCUGCUGCUACCUGUUCAGGUUGAAACAACAAGGAACAAGGGAGCAGUUCAGCUACAAUGAGGUGGUGCUGAAGGGAACAAGCAAGAAACUGAGCCUCCUAGGACAAACCUGUGCGGUGUGUCUGGAAGAAUUCAGGAGCAGAGAUGAACUGGGCGUGUGUCCGUGCUCCCACGCAUUUCACAAGAAGUGCCUCCUGAAGUGGCUGGAGAUCCGCAGCGUGUGUCCCAUGUGUAACAAACCCAUCCUCCGGCUCCACACAGGGAGUACCGAGGGGCCGCUGGAUGCGGAGGAGGUGUGAGGGGGAGCCGGGAGAGAGCCGAAACCGGACUCCCCUUCCAGAAAGAAAAAAAAACACACAUUAAAAUACACGAGGGAUGAUGGACAGCGGUCAACCUGAAAGACAUCUCACAAGAAAUGUUGAUAGUGAUCCGAAGCGGCUGCCCCGCUGCCGCUGGCCUUUGAGCAAGAUGCCUUCCUGGGAAUUGGAUAUCGACGGCACCAAAAUGAUCUGAUCAGAUCGGUUAAGGCAGUGGGGUGGAAUGGAUGAAUAGGAUCUUUUCCUAAAAAAAAAAAAAUGUAAAAAAUGCUCCUAGUUCUACUUCCAUCUUGCACUGGUCACCAAAAAAAAAACACGGCCGCCCAACGGAGCGCCGGAUAUCACGACAGACCAUCGAGUAGGACAUCAGGAUCAGAAUGGAUACCUCUAAUAUCUCAGGGGUGUUACCAAUACAGCCAGCACAAACCAUCUCAGCCCCGCCCCCCUCCCCCUCUGCCAUAACCCUGUGCCACACAUGCAUCUUCAAUACUGCCAACGUAUGAGAUGCUCCAGCAGCCGGAGGCUGAAACCAAGACCAGCGGGAUUACGACCACGAGUUACGUAGACACUAUCGUUACCGAUUGUGUCCCACGAUGCCCUUUCCUUAAAAAAAAAAAAAAAAAAAGAGAGACUGAUAGAAAACUAGUCUUGCCUGUAUGUAAACAUGUCCCUCUAUAUAUAUUGUUAUUUUGUAUUUGUUGCUUUUAAAUAAAACGUCACGUAAUGUAUUGUAA